AUGGCCAUAUGCAUCGCGUUGAUCGGUAAAGAUAGUUCACCGUUGUUUGUGAGCAUAUGUGAAAAGGACAUGCCUCGAGAGUUUGAUGUUCAUAUGUUUUUGUAUUGUUCGCUGGAUAUUGUUGAUGAAAAAGUGGAUGGUUCAAAUCGUCCUCAAGAACUGUACUUAGGACCGUUGAUAUCAGAUCAAAAAUUCAAGUCAUUUGGUUAUGUGACGAAUACAAAUGUUAAAAUCAUUUUAAUAACUGAAGUUGGCAAUAGUACACUGAAGGAUCAAGACGUGCGAUCGGUUUGUUUCUCUUCCGGAUUUGAUGGUGAUAUUAUUGGUUUAUCUGAGAACUUGUCAAAUUCUAUCUUGAAAUGCUCAUUUUCGUUUGAUUGCAGAAUACUCGAAGAAGUUGCUCAAGACAUUUUCAUACGAUAG